CCCUCCGGCCUCUGGGGUUGAUCUCCUCCUCCUCUCUGCCGCAUGCAUGAUAGAAUUCUUGCGUUGGACUCUGCGGUGAGUGAGUUGCAGGUAGAUAGAGGAGGAAGAUGAGCAAGGAGGAGGUGGAGGAGGCGAGAGAGGAGGGGAGUCAUGGCAGCAUGUUUGAGGGAGGGGUGGAGGUGAGGGUGUUGGUGGUGGAUGACUCCCCGGUGGACAGACGGGUGGUGGAAGGGUUGCUCAAGAGGAGUGGAGCCAUGUUUCAAGUUAUAGCUGUCGAUAGCGGAAAAAGAGCAAUGGAAGUUCUUGGAUUGACUGAAGGGAAGGAGGCUGAACAGCCUACUGUUGAUGAUCCAAAGAUAGACAUAAUCCUCACCGAUUACUGUAUGCCGGAAAUGACUGGUUAUGAUCUUCUAAAGGCUGUCAAGGAGCAGAGCUGUCAAAAACCUAUUCCUGUGAUCAUAAUGUCAUCAGAGAAUGAGCCACAGAGAAUCAGCAGGUGCCGAGCUAUUGGCGCUGAGGACUAUCUCCUUAAACCUCUUCAAACAAAUGAUGUACUGAGACUGAGGGAUUAUGUUCGACCGACAGCGUUAUCACCCAAAACAGGCACCAAAAGGAAGAUCGCAAUAGAAAUGAUGGCUGAGAACAGUGGUUCGGAGAGGAGACAAUGCCUUGCUGGGUUGGCAGUGGCCUGAUGAUAAUCAUUCAAGCAUGAUAAGGAGGCUCUCAUGCUGUAACAACAAUUUAGUGCCUAUCAUAAUAUAUCCCACCUCUCCUUGUGCUCUCAGUAGUGAGUUUGCUUGUUGGUGUGAGUGGAUGAAUCAUCUACAGACAACUGUUCUUCUGAGUUCUUGUGAAUGUUCUCCUAAUUAAAUUCCAUAAAAGUUCUGAUUCUUCUA